CGGGGGGAGUAGUAGUAGUAUUUAGCAGGAAGCAGCGGCUGCCGUCCCCUGCCUGCAACUCGACCCAACCAUUCCACUCGCCAUUGUUUCUUCGUCGCUCUCAUCUGACCACCACCCACCGCGAACGGCGGCGAAGCCGAAGAUAGAUAGAUAGAGAGAGAGAGAUGUUGGGGCAUCUGGUUGGGCUGGUGAAGGUGCGGGUGACGCGCGGGGUGAACCUCGCCAUCCGCGACCUCCGCUCCAGCGACCCCUACGUCGUCGUCCGCAUGGGCAAGCAGAAGCUCAAGACGCGGGUGGUGAGGAAGAGCAUCAAUCCGGAGUGGAACGACGAGCUCACCCUCUCCGUCGAAGAUCCCACUGUUCCUGUCAAACUGGACGUGUUCGACAAGGACACAUUCUUCGACGACCCGAUGGGGAACGCGGAGCUGGACAUCGGGUCGCUGGUGGAGGCCGCGAGGAUGCGGGUCCAGAUGCAGGGGGUCGACGGCACCGUGGUGAAGAAGCUGGUGCCCAACCGGCAGAACUGCCUCGCCGAGGAGAGCGCGGUGUACCUGUCCGAGGGCACGGUGAAGCAGGACGUGGUGCUCAGGCUCAGGAACGUCGAGUGCGGGGAGGUCGAGCUCCAGCUCCAGUGGAUCGACAUCCCCGGCUCCAAGGCCGCGUCAGGCUUCUAAACUUUAAUCAGUAAUUAGCUCUGCACUCUCUGCUCUUGGCAGAGUUCUUUCUCAAGUGAAAAGCUGGGGUAAAUCAUGUUUAGAAUCGAAGCUUAAGCUAGGAUUUAGAUGCUGUGAUAUUAUAUAUAUGACUCUGUGGUCGGGCUUCCUAAGGCGGACUGAAGAAAGAAUGAACUGAUGGCAGGGGCGUCAAAUGUCUCGGGAUUCCAUCCUCCUUUCUUGCUUCAUGUGUCCUGCAUCUGCAAUCGGGAGAGCAAAUGCUACAAUGUGGUGAUGAGUAAUUUUUCUUCUUCUUUUCUGAGGAAAUUUCUGCAGUAAUCUUGA